CUCUCUCUCUCUCUCUCUCUCUCUCUCGCUCUCUCUGUCAUAUUUUCCUUCGUUAGCUUUCUCAGCUAUCUUCUCCUUCCGCCUCAAGUUCUUUGAAGCAAUCACAAGCCGGCUGCAAGGUUAAUACCCCAGAAGCGGCAGAAUAGUUAUUUGGGUUUCUGUUUAUUUUUCUUCGUCACAAAAAGAGUACAUACUGUAUCAUAUAAGAAGAAAAAUGAGGGGGAGCUUGGCAAAGCUAUACCAAGCAGUGGGAUUUCAAAGAGCUGUGGCGAAUGUGGAGGACAUUGAAUCCAUCUCCAAAGCAAGGCAUGAUAGGGAUGGUGCUGCCUCUCUCACUGUAUUAAACCCUAGUGAUCACACCAUCGAUGAAUCCUUGAAUGCUACCCACACAAGUUACAGCUCUUGGUUGAAUGAUCACCCUUCUGCAUUGAGAUGCUUCAAAGGGAUGUUGAGCAGUGCUAAGGGGAAGAGGAUUGUGGUGUUUCUGGAUUAUGAUGGCACUCUCUCCCCAAUUGUGAACGAUCCCGACUGUGCCUUCAUGUCUGACCCGAUGCGGUCGGCUGUGCGCGAAGUUGCUAAGCGCUUUCCAACGGCCAUAAUCAGCGGCAGGAGCCGAGACAAGGUACAUGAAUUUGUCAAGUUGGACGAGGUAUACUACGCGGGUAGCCAUGGGAUGGAUAUAAGAGGUCCACCGCAGCAGGUCAAGACUUAUGACGGCAAGUACCAAACCAAAGCCCUCGAUAAAAAGGGGAAUGAGUUCAUAAUCUUUCAACCCGCGCUGGAGUUUUUGCCUGCAAUCAAAGAGAUGCUAAAAGAGUUGGAGAAGAAAGCCAGGGGAAUACAGGGUGUGGUGAUAGAAGACAAUAGGUUCUGUGUCUCUGUACAUUACCGCCACGUCCGGGAAUCGGAUUAUGGAUUGUUACACGAGAAAGUGCAGUCUGUGCUUGGGAAGUAUCCGCAUUUUCACCUGACGAGAGGCAAAAAGGUGAUGGAAAUCCGGCCGUCGAUUAAGUGGAACAAAGGUCACGCUCUUGAGUACUUACUCGACACUCUGGGUUUUACGGGCACGGAUAAUGUCCUCCCAGUUUAUAUCGGUGAUGAUCGGACCGAUGAAGAUGCUUUCGAGGUUUUGAAAAGCAAAGGUUUAGGGUAUCCGAUCAUCGUAUCGUCCACACCACGGGACACCAUGGCCGCAUACUCGCUACGCGAUACCUCCGAAGUAUUGUUGUUCUUGAUACGAUUGGCGAGAUGGCGGGAGAAUUCUUCUUUCUAGGAGUAUUCUAGGCGUACUAACUGAUUAGUAAUGGUUAGAUUUGAAUGUACAAGAGUUUUUGGUAACCAACCAUAUGCCUAGGACAAUAGGAGCUUUUCAGUUUUACAUUCAAAUCUGGUGUUUUUUUGAAUCGCCAUGUACGCUUCUCCGAAGCAAAUCGACUGUUCUGAUAUUGAAAAAUACUUGUGUUAACAUCUCGCUACUGA